AUGCCACACGCCGAACCCUCCUCCAUCGAGCCACCCUCGCUCAUCAUUGUGACCGGGGCGAAUGGCUUCAUCGCGUCGCACACGAUCCAGCAGCUCCUGCGCGCGGGAUAUCGCGUCGUCGGGACGGUACGCAGCGCAAGCAAAGCGGACGUCGUCCAGAAGACACACGCGCAACUGUCGCCCAAGGCAGCGCACCUGCUGUCCACCGCCGUCGUCCCCGAUAUCGCCGACCCAGACGCAUAUAUCGACCUGUUCAAGUCCACGUCGCCCGCCGCCGUCAUCCAUUUGGCCAGCCCCUUCUCCUACAGUGUCACCGACUUCGAACGCGACAUGCUCCAACCGGCCGUCAAGGGCACGGAGGCGGUCCUGAGAGCGGCCGCUGCGACCCCGUCAGUGCGUCGAGUCGUCCACACAAACAGCUUUGCAUGUGUCUACGACGCCAGCCUCGGGCCACGACCGGGAUACACAUACACGGCCAAGGAUUGGACUCCGUUGACUUACGAGGACGGCAUCUCGGCCCCGAAUGCGCCCGUCGCUUACCGCGCGAGCAAAGCCGUGGCCGAGCAGACGGCAUGGUCGUUUCUCAAGACCCACCAAUGCGACUUCGAUCUCGCCAGCCUGUGUCCGGCCAUGGUGUUCGGCCCUUUUCUCGACACCGAGUACUCGUUCCCUUCCAGCCUGGCGGAGUUGAACACGUCCAACAGAUUGGUCUGGGACGUGGUGUCGGCCGGGGAGCAGGGGACUGUCCCGCCGACCAAGGGCCCCGUGUGGAUCGACGUGCGGGAUGUGGCGGAAGCACAUGUGCAAGCGCUGGUCAUGCCUUCUCUGGGUGGGCAACGGUUGUUGCUCGCGAAAGGCAUCUACUGCAGUCAGGAGAUUGCAGACGUGGCGCGGGCCGUGGUCCCGAAACACAGAGAUAGGAUCCCCGUGGGCACGCCCGGUCAGAGAGAGGCCGGCUCUCAUUUCGCCAUCGACGCAACUCAGGAAGAAUCCAUGUUGGGCCAGCAGGGGAAAUGGAGGCGCUUGGAAGAGACUCUGGCGGACCUGGUGCCACAGCUGUACAGGGUCGAGGAGAAGGGGCAGGCGGCCUCAUGA